AUUUGAAGCGCCAGAGAGAGUGGAAGUUCUUAACAGUGAAUAUGAGUGACGAAGGAAAGAAAUCAUGGGUGAGAAAGAAUCUCAUGUUGGUUCUCACUCUGAUUGGAGUUGCUGCGGGAGUUUUGUUGGGAUUUUCCUUGAAAGCUCUCCAUCUCAAUCCACACUACUUGCCGGAUUACAUCGCGAUCAUCUCCUAUCCUGGAGUAAUCUUCAUGAGCUUCCUGAAAAUGAUCAUUCUACCACUGCUAAUUUGUUGCCUCAUUUACGGAACCGCGAGUUUGAACAUUGGUGCCAAUGGGAAGAUCGCUGUAAGAACGCUGAUUUACUUCGUCUCCAGUUCAUUCAUCGCCGUGUCAAUUGGACUGUGUUUAGUCGUCCUCAUUAAACCAGGAGUGGACACAACCAGUGAAAGAAGCAUCAGUGAAGAGAGAAACAGUUCGGCAACUUCUGAAGUGAAUCUCUUGGACACAUUUCUCGAUCUGGGACGAAAUCUUGUGCCAAACAAUCUCUUCAGGGCGACAUUUCAGCAAGCUUACACAGAUCGUGAUCUCGAGAGUGACCAGAAAGUGAUUCGCUUCCGCGAUGGUACCAACAGCAUGGGAAUUGUAUUCUUUUGCUUUCUUCUUGGAGGAGUUCUGGGAACGCUAGGGGAGCGUGGAAAAGUGGCCAUUGAUUUCUUCCAAGGAGUUCUUGAGGCAAUGAUGAGAAUAGUUCGAGCAGGAAUGUGGAUGACACCUUUGGGAGUGUGCAGUAUCAUUGCGGGGAAAAUUAUGGAGGUGGAAAAUUUAAGUCUCGUUCUUUCUCAACUGGGAAAAUUCAUAAUAACAGUUUGCAUCGGUGAAACAGUUUAUCAAUUGGUAAUCCUUCAAUCGUAUUAUUACAUCAUUAUCAGGAAGAAUCCCUUCAAAUUCUACGUCAAGCUAUUCGAUCCGAUGAUUUCAGGAUUCGCCACAUGUUCAACACUUGCUACACUUCCAAUAACGUUGCGAACACUGAAUGAUAAAGUGAAAAUCAAUCCGCGAGUGACGAGAUUCGUUCUUCCUCUGGGAUGCUCAAUGAAUACCGAUGGAGCUGCGAUGUUUAUGGUGAUCGCUUCAGCAUUCCUCGCUCAGAUGCAAGGCAUUGAUCUUCGAAUGGGAGAACUUUUGACUCUCCUCGUCAUGACUACGAUCAUGUCUUUAUCAGUUGGAACGGUUCCGAGUGGAGCUGUCGUCUUGGUAGUGAUCAUUCUGUCUACAAUCAAUGCUUCUGCUGACCAAAUCACUCUUCUCUUCACUGUGGAGUGGUUCCUGGACAGAAUCAGGACGACAAACAAUGUUCUAACCGAUUGCUAUGCGUCGGCAAUAGUCGAUCAUCUUUCCCGAAAGGAAUUGGAGCUGCAGAACUUAGAAGAAGAAGGAGCGAUGCUGCAAUCAGUGGAAGUGGAGAGACCAAGAAAAAUAGCAAAUAUUUAAUUUUACAAUUUUCUUU